AUGGACAAUGCGAGAGCUGCUGUUACACAUGCACUAAAAGACAUUCCAUCCCAGGCCUGCCAGGAAUGCCUUCAAUGGUUGGGUACCUUGCUGCCACCUGAUGAAAGCCUACAAAAUGGAGAAAUAUUGGGAUAUUAUAUUGGGUAUAAGAUCAGCAAUUCAUCAGAGCCAUUCCAUUACAAAACUUUUGAAGUAACCCCUGGAAUGGAACUGCAAAAUACAUUGAAUGAAUUGCAGAAAUUUACAGAGUACAGUGUCUUAGUUCAAGCAUACAACAGAGCUGGUGCUGGCCCACACAGUAAAGAAGUCACUGCUACAACAGAGGAAGAUGUGCCAGGAGCACCACCUAGUGAUGUUCAGUGCACAGCAUUGUCCUCACAGAGAAUUUUAGUGCUGUGGUCUAGUCCUCCAGAAUCUGCUAUCAAUGGAAUACUGAAGGGUUACAAAGUACUCUACCGCUCACUGGCAGACUUUGAAGACUUCUCACAUCCUGUGGAACAAAUAACAAGAGACAAUAAAUUGGAAUUAGCUAAUCUUGAUCGAUUCUGUAACUACAGUAUAGAAGUUUGUGCGUUUACCAACAAAGGUGAUGGUGUUAAAAGCCGGCCAAUAUUUUGUAGGACGUUGGAGGAUGUACCCAGCGAACCUGCAGACAUAAAGGCUCUUAUAAUGGAUUCAAGAACAAUUCUAGUCUCUUGGAGACCUCCAAACUACCCAAAUGGUAGAAUCCAGAAGUACAAAGUGUAUGUGAGAUCACUGGAUGGAAUAGGUUUGGACAAGGACAGCUUUGACAUCCCUGCUGAGCAGACCUUUUACACUAUCACUCAUUUAGAGUUGCAUCAUCGUUAUGAAUUCUGGGUGUCAGCAUUUACAGCAGUUGGAGAAAGUGCUGGGUCCAGACAUAUCGUGCAGGCUCCAGCAAGUCAUGUACCUGCACAAAUAGCAUCUUUCACACAACAGGUGAUAGCUGUACUUCAUGAAGACUUGCACCUCUCUUGUAACUAUGUUGGAGAACCAGCACCACUUCGCCACUGGAGAAAGAAUGAAAAACCAGUGCAAGACAGCAAUGUGAAAAUUAAUGAUGAAUGGCAGCUUUACAUCAGCCCAGUAAGAGCUUCACAUGCUGGAAACUACACAUGCUCUGUGGAAAACAAAUUUGGGAAAGAUGAGAUAACAUAUUAUGUGAAAGUUCAAGUUCCGCCCACACCAAGUGAUGUACGAGUUACUUCCAGAAGCAUUUCAAGCAUUCUGCUUCAUUGGAACAUUUCUUUGGAAAUUAAUAACAUUAUUCAAGGGUUUUCUUUACAUUUCAAAAGGGAAUUUGGAGAAUGGGAAAAAAUAGUAUUAACAGCAGAUGAUCUGAGUUAUUUAUUGAGUAAUCUCCAAUGUGGAACCAGAUAUUAUUUGUAUCUGCAGACCUUCAACCAACUGGGGCAAAGUUCACCUACACCCACAAUCAUGACACGCACUCAAGGCUCAGCUCCAGUGGCUCCAAGCAGUGCAGACUUGAUAAAAGUGAACUCUACUUCGAUAUCUCUGAACUUGACUUCUUGGAAUGAUGGAGGAUGUCCAAUAACAUCACUUGUUGUAGAGUAUAAACAAAAGAAAGCAAUAGCAUGGACACUUGUUUCGAAUAAUAUCAAAGUAGAAAAAGCGGAAUUCUUAGUACUGGAUCUGGAUCCAGAAACCUGGUAUACAUUACGCAUUACAGCUCAUAAUAGUGCUGGAUCAACUGCAGAGGAAUACAACUUCGUAACACUUACAUAUGGAGGAGCCACAAUUUCACCCGAUACAGCAGAGCAUUCAGUAUCUGAGGACAAAACGUUUUAUAGUGAUCUUUUGAUAAUAGGACCAACAGCAUCAGCAGUUAUUGUUCUUAUAGCAGCUGCCACUGGUCUUUUCAUGUAUCUCAGGAAAAAUCAAGAGAUGUUCUCAUCAAACCCAUUUGGAGAUAAACCACUGAAGAAGGAUUUAAUGUCAGAAGCAGAUAAGAGGACUGUUGCACCCAUUUAUGACAGUGAUGAUGGACUGGUCGCACUAAGUACAACACCACAGGAGUCUGUGUACCUGCCUACACCACUGCAAGUUUCACAUUCUCAUAGAAAAGGCAUAAGCCCCUAUGCAACAUUUCGAGUUCCUUUAGAAGGAUCAAUGAAAAAUGCUGAAAAUAUUGAGUCACGUGUGUCAUCUGGAUCUGUUCAGUACACUGGAAAUGUUAAGAUCUCAGAAAAGCCUGACUGUUGUACAGAAUUGACAUAUUCAAAAAUCCAAGAGAAUUCACAGUGUAGUAAUGAAGGACCUGAGUGGAUACCACUUCAUAAUUUGUACCAGGCUCAUAGAUACUAGUGGCCAACCUUCUCAGUAUCAUGGGGUGUUAUGCAUUAU